UUGUUGAUUUUUCUACGGUUUCUGUUCAUUUUCUGUUGACUUGAAAACGAAAACUAGUUAGCUCAAUAGUUAAGCAUGAUAAUUAUUGUGUGUGCAGUUAUUGUUUUAUGGUUGCGUCUACGAUGCCAAGUAAUGUAUCGCGUUGGCUCAGAAGUGACAGCUCCAUAUUUGAAUUGUAUUGCAUAACAUAACAACAUUGCAAGUACAUAAAACGUACAGUACACUGGUGCAUGAGAGACCCGAGCUCUACAACUGACUGAAUAACACCGCAUGCCUCUAAUUGAUAAAUGGUCCGAGCUAUGAAAACAGUUGAUUCAUGGCUCAACAGCAUUGUUAUCAGUAGGCGACAUAUGACAGGCGCUGGGUGUAACGUUAGCCCUCUACGGGGUUACACACCCCCGUCAACCUUCUGUUCGGAAGCUACUGCACCGGGGCUCUGAGUCAUCUGUCGAAAUGCAUGUGUUGCUUCUGAAAGAACCAAGAGAGGGAGGCUCUGGACCAGAUCCUUACAUCAAGGAGCUGGCAUCGCGUGGACACAAUGCAACCUUAAUUCCUGUGUUGUCGUUUACAUUCGUUUCCUUGAACACUUUGUCAGACAAGCUGUUGUCUCUACUACUACAGCUGUUCCAGCCAGAACGACAUGGCGGGCUGAUUUUUACCAGCCCGAGGGCGGUGGAGGCCGUCAAAAUGUGUCUUGAAGAUGAUGAAAGAACGGAACAGUGGAACAUGGACAUAAAAGACAAAUGGAAUGCCAAGUCCAUCUAUGUUGUUGGGAAGGCUACUGCAGCGUUAGUGGAAAACCUAGGUCUGGUUCCCCUGGGAGAGGACACUGGCACUGCAGACGUUCUCUCGCGCCUCAUCCUUGAACGAGAGGAUGCCAAUAUAUUACCUCUUCUUUUCCCCUGUGGUUCCAUUAAAAGAGAAGUUUUACCUACUGCUUUGAGGGAAAACGGAGUUCCUCUAGACACACUGAUGGUUUAUCAGACAGCUCAACAUCCAGACCUGGAGAAGAACCUGAAGAACCAUUUUACAGAGCAGGGUGUUCCAGACAGCAUUGCCUUCUUCAGCCCGUCGGGAGUCAGGUUCUGUUUGGAAACGGUGAGGAGACUGUCAGGUGAACAACUUGUGCAGAUAAAGUUUGCGGCCAUAGGACCCACCACAGCAGAUGCCAUGACUGCCGAGGGGCUCUCGGUCAGCUGCUCAGCAGACAAACCUACAGCUGAGCACCUAGCCGCAGGGAUAGCAAAGGCUCUACAGUGACAGACUUGACGAGACGGACCGCAAACCAACCCGAAAAACUUGAUCCGUCCCCCAUCACGUUCUCAUUCAGUCUCUUUGAAAAAGGAUUGUGGUAUUGCAUUCUUUGUGUUUGAUUUAUCCCUGUGAAGUAUUUGCUAUUAUUUGUGGGGUUUUAUGUGCUAUUUUGAUCGCGGAUAACCAUCUGUAAAUGUAUUAUAUUGUCAUGUGUUGUUGUGCACCUGCACCACAGAGAUAUUGUAAUGAUUUAUGCCUAUUUGUUGACACUGAAUGUAUCAAAUCAUGCUCUUAUAAACUUGUGAAUACACUGAGCUGAUAGAAGUAUUGUUUUGAUGGUAAAAACAUUGAGACAAUUAUUUUAUUGUGCCACACUAGGCAGGUAGCCUAGUGGUUAGUGUCGAAUCCCCGAGCUGACAAGGUAAAAAUCUGUCCUUCUGCCCCUGAAUAAGGCAGUUAACUCCACUGUUCCCAGGUAGGCCCUCAUUGUAUAUAAUCAUUUCUUCUGACUUGCCUUGUUAAAUAAAUAAAUAUGUUUUUUAAAUGAG